AUUUUUAGCCGCCACCGGAUUCUAAGCUGCUUCUCUUCUAUCAUCCCCAUUCCCCAGCUAGGACGGAUGGUGACUCCGACCCACUAACCACCGUCGUGCUUCACCGCUUCUCCGCUCCUACAUCACUGCCACUCCCUUUGUCGAAACGGUCUUCAACACGUGCUGAAAUGGCCCUGUCAUACCAGUCCUCCCCAGUCGCCCCACCUUCCCCUCAAUUUCGUUACUCCCUACUUUCCUCUAGAAUCCCUCAUCAGCUUCACCACCGGAGACUCUCCAUUUUCUACCACCGGGCUCGACUCACCGUCAGGGCAAUGGCGAGGCCGAAAGAGCUCAUAUUCGGAAAACCUUCAGUGACCGUGGAGGAAGGCAAGUACGGCUACCACGUCGAAACCCUCAUCGACAAGCUUUCGAGCCUUCCGCCGCGCGGAAGCAUUGCGCGGUGCCUCGAUACCUUCCGGAACAAGCUCUCUCCCACCGACUUCUCCAACGUCUUCAAGGAGUUCGCCUCCCGCGGCGACUGGCAGCGAUCUCUCCGCCUCUUCAAGUACAUGCAGCGCCAGAUGUGGUGCAAGCCCAACGAGCACGUGUAUUCCAUCAUGAUUGGCAUUCUUGGCCGCGAAGGCCUUCUCGAUAAGGCAUUGGAGAUAUUCGACCAAAUGCCAACUCACAAUGUGGCCCGGAAUGUCUUUUCCUACACCGCAAUUAUCAAUGCCUUUGGCAGGAACGGUCAGUAUGAGACCUCCCUUCGAUUACUGGAGAAGAUGAAAAUGGAAAAAGUUGUUCCCAAUAUUCUGACAUAUAAUACGGUCAUUAACUCGUGUGCUCGUGGAGGGUAUGAAUGGGAGGGAUUAUUGAGUCUGUUUGCUGAAAUGAGACACGAGGGGGUUCUACCAGACCUGGUCACAUACAAUACUCUUUUAAGUGCGUGUGCAAUUAGAGGAUUAUAUGAUGAGGCCGCAAUGGUGUUCAGGACAAUGACUGAGGGUGGGAUUUUACCAGAUAUUACCACUUAUAGAUAUUUAGCUGACACAUUUGGAAAACUUGGGAAGUUAGGGAAAUUCUCAGAAUUGCUUAGGGAAAUGGAGUCUGGAGGGAACUUACCAGAGGUAACAGCCUAUAAUGUCUUGUUGGAGGCAUAUUCCCAAUCAGACUCACUGAAUGAGGCUAUGGAUGUUUUCAGGCAAAUGCAGGCAGCAGGGUGUGCUCCUAAUGCAGACACUUAUACCCUUUUGUUGAAUUUAUAUGGGAAGAAUGGGAGGUACGAUCAGGCUAGGGAUCUCUUUCUUGAGAUGAAAAUUAGUAACACUGAACCAGAUGCAGAUACGUAUAAUAUUCUCAUCCAGGUGUUUGGGGAAGGUGGAUACUUUAAAGAGGUAGUUACACUGUUCCAUGAUAUGAUUGAAGAGAAAGUGGAACCAAACAUGGAGACUUAUGAGGGGUUAGCACAUGCAUGUGGAAAGGGAGGACUUCAUGAAGAUGCAAACAAGAUCCUUCUUAAUAUGUACAAAAAAGACUUGGUUCCAAGCUCUAAAGUGUAUUCUGGUGUUAUUGAAGCAUAUGGGCAGGCUGCUUUGUAUGAGGAGGUGAUUGUUGCUUUCAAUACAAUGAAUGAGGUUGGAAGCAUGCCUGACAUUGAAACUUUUACUUCUAUGAUCCAUGCAUUUGCAAAGGGGGGACUUUACAAAGAGGUUGAAGCAGUAUUAGUUACAAUGGAUGAAGUCAGAGUUCAGAGGAACAGUAAUUCAUUUAAUGGAAUGAUUGAAGGUUAUCGGCAGGGAGGCCGGUUCGAAGAAGCUAUAAAGACUUACACUGAUAUGGAAAAGGAAAGAUGCAAUCCAGAUGAAGAUACCUUUGAGGUAGUUUUGAGCGUCUACUAUUUUGCUGGUCUGAUUGAUGAAUGUGAGCAACAUUUUCGGGAAAUAAAAUCAGUUGGCAUACAACCAAGUGUUAUCUGCUAUUGUAUGAUGCUUGCAGCUUAUGCAAAAAGUGAAAGAUGGGAUGAAGCCUUUGUAUUAUUGGAUGACAUGCUAAAACAUAAGGUUUCAAACAUGCAUCAAGUAAUUGGACAAAUGAUCAAGGGAGAUUUUGAUGAUGAUACUAAUUGGCAAAUGGUUGAAUAUGUGUUUGACAAACUCAAGUAUGAAGGGUGUGGUCUGGGCUUGAGAUUUUACAAUGCACUUCUAGAAGCACUUUGGUGGUUUUCCCAGAUGGAAAGAGCAGCAAGAGUUCUUAAGGAGGCAACGAAAAGGGGAUUGUUUCCAGAAUUGUAUCGGAAAAACAAGCUUGUGUGGUCUGUAGAUGUACAUAGAAUGUGGCCUGGAGGUGCAUGUACUGCAAUAUCUGUCUGGCUUAACAAUAUCCAGGCGCUGUUGCUGAAAGGGGAGGACCUUCCUCAUGCUGCAUCUGUUGUGGUGGUACGAGGCCAGAUGGAGAGUAGCUCAAGUACUGAAGAUUUUCCGAUUGCAAAGGCUGCUAAUUCUUUUCUGAAGGAUCAUGUCUCAUCAUUUUGUUUCCCUAGUUGGAACAAGGGCCGAAUAGUGUGCCCUAAAUCUCAACUCAACCAAAUCUUUUCCAGUUCAGAAUCAUCAUCUUCAAAAGGCCACAUCCAAAUUUCUCUUAGGAAUACUCCCCUUCCUCUUCUGGCUACACAACCAUCUAGUACAAGGAGAUCAAAGCACAACAUAGCUUCAGGUUCAGAACUUUUGGCAACCACAACUUGAACUGUUUUCUCAGAAAGCUGUUUGCAACCAUGAGAUGGGUGUUUUUGGCAUGCGAAGAAUGAGCUUUCAGUGAUCAAUUUGUCGGUAGUAUGGAACCCCAGAUCUUAACAGGUAGUACUAUACUCACCAUGAAAUGAAGUUCCGCCUAUCCGGAGAGCCAUGGCCCAUACACCGGUGGUACAUUUGGCUAUCGUGCUUCAUCAAUGAAAAAAAAUCUUCUAUAGUAGUAUUGGAAAACUGCUGGACAAAAAUAUUACCAACCAUUUAAUGUACGAAUAACGGUUUUCUCACCCAAAAAAUCUCUGCAGAAAGAUAUUACUUCGUGCAUAUCUCCCAAAAAAACUCUGCUGAAGCUUAGCCAUAGUCUCGCCAAUUUCAUCCUGAGAAAUUAUUGGCCAACUCCGAUAGAUACUCGUUUCAGUUUGUGCAUAUCUUCAAUGUGAUCCCUCCAAACUGUACGAAUAACAGUUUUUCUCACCCAAAAAAUCUCUGCAGAAAGAUACUUCUUCGUGCAUAUCUCCCAAAAAAACUGUGUUGAAGCUUAGCCAUAGUCUCGCCAAUUUCCUCCUGAGAAAUUAUCGGCCAACUCCGAUAGAUACUAGUUUGUGUAUAUCUCCGAUGUAAUCCCUAUUAAUUACUGCUGCUCGGAGGAUGCGAGAAGAAGCUCUCUCCAGUCAACAUUUAUUCUAAUUGGAAGAAGCACACUAUGACGGGAAUGGAAGCGUUUGAUGACUUCACUACUCCCCCAACCAUCAACACCAAUCCUGAGAUCAUCUCGUAAACUCUCACCCCCAUGUUAACCUACCCGUCUGUCACAUUAUAACGACCUCAUCCCAACGGCUCCAUCUUCACAACGGUAACAUUUAUUUCAGAUUCUCAUACUUUCCUCUUCACAUUUAUUUCAGAUUCUCAUUCCUUUCUACUUCAUUUGUUCCACAUGUAUUUCAAAUUCUCCAUGGUCUUGAGCCUCUAGCCUCUGCAUUGUCGACUCAGAUCAACUCAGUACCAAAAGCUUCACUAAGUAAAGUGUAUAUGCAUUCUCUUCAUUCGUCAUCCUGCAAGACAAGAUUAUUCAAAUAGUGUGUCCUUUUUCUACAAACUGAGCAUAAACUGUUCAACCAUGUUUUGUUCGACCCAAUGGAUUAUGAAGAAAUAAAAUGUAUGUUAUCAUGGGUCAGUAGACCAUAUGUUGGUCUACCACAAAAAAAAAAUAGACUAGUCAAUCAUAUUUUGGUUGAUCUUAAACAAAUGUAGAUGAAAAGUAGUAACAAAUAAAUUAGCUCAACGGUCACAUAUACCUCAACCACCUGUCAAUUUAUCUUUGAAGCCUAACCCUCAUCACUACAAUCAAUUUUUUUUAUAGUAUAUAUUAAAUGCAAAAUUUUUAUAUGCUGAAUGUUUGCAGUUAAUAAAGAUGAGUCGACCAUAUGUUGGUCGACCAUGAGUUUGUCGACUAAGUUUUGAUCGAUCAUAAUUUAGUUGACUAUAUUUUGGUCAAUCUUAAACAAUGAAAAGUAGUAACGCUAAGUGGAUUUAUUUUUUAUUGAUUAAUUCAAAAGUCACCUCAAUCACUGGAGUUAAACCCAACCGUCACCUAUACUCAACCACCCGUCAAUUUAUCUUUGAAGCUUAACCGUCAUCUCUACUAUCAAAUUUUUGAUAGUGUAUAUUAAAUAAAAAUUAUUUAUAUGCUAACUGUUUUCAGUUAAUAAAGAAUUAAAGAUGAGUCGACCACAUGUGGGUCGACCAUGAGUUUGUCGACUAAGUUUUGGUUGAUCAUAUGUUGGACGACCAUAAACUUAUAUUUUGGUCGAUCUUAAACAAUGAAAAGUAGUAAGAGUAAGUGAAUUUAAUUUUUAUUGUUUAAUUACUGUUUAAUUCAAAUGUCACCUCAACCACUGGAGUUAAAGUCUAACCGUCACCUAUACUAAACCACCCGUCAAUUUAUCUUUGAAUCCCAACCGUCACCUCUACUAUAAAUUUUUUGAUAAUAUAUAUCAAUUGCAAAUUAUUUAUAUGCUAAAUGCUUUUAAUUAAUAAAGAUGAGUCGACCAUAUGUUUGUCGACUGGUUUCUUUUUCUAUUUUGGACUAUACUACUAUUCAUGGAUUUAGCUACCAUGACACUAUCCCCAAUGGCCCCAUGCUGAAUAGAAUCCAGAUUAUCGGGGUAGUUUUUGGUUGAAAUACUUCCCUACCAAUCUUAAGGUCUCACGUAAUGACAUUAAGGUGAUAUACCAAUCUUGACUCAAGGGUAGUGAACCGGAUGAAGAUGUAAUUAGACUCUCAUUAAUAUAUGUGCUAUCACAUUCCUUAAUUGGUGCUGAAAUGAAAAUUGCACUACAUAGCUCGUAUGUUAACCUGGUUGUUGACCUAGAAGCAUUUAAUAAGUAUCAUUGGGUUAGGGUCAUUUAGGGUGAUAUGAUUUCAUACUUGAAGACGGUUGCUGAAAGUAUGAAGUCCAAUGAAGCACAUUACAACAUUUAUAAGUUAUAACAUGCCUCUGCAAGUAUGGACUUUUGAAACUUUUCCCGCUUUGAGAGAGGUCAGUAUUGCUCGGCUUGUUGACCCAAAAGCCUUUCCUUGGGUUUUAAGAUGGACUUCGGGGAAAACAAGCCCAAAGAUAUUGACCUGCACCAUUUUCAGCAACCUAAGUGUACGUAACAUCUACAUAAUUUCAUUCUCUUUCCCUGUAUCAAUCAAAUAUAAUUAUUGGAAAAUCUACUAUGUUCUGUGAUUUAUUGGCCUUCUUUGAGUUAGAUUCUCCUUGUGUGGUAAUAGUCAUUUGCAUAUCAUGAUUAAGCUCUCACUUUUAAUGUCAUAUUUUGCAUAAAUCAUUUUUAGUCAUAUAAUGUGUCUCAGAUUGGUGUGUUUUGUUUGCAUGGAUUUAACCUAUUUUUUACCAGCUGCCACCAUAGUGUAUAACCUACAUUUUAAUUGUCAUGAAAUCCCAUUUCAUAUUAUUUCCUAGCUGAUAAACACAGUGCCUUGCAAUAUGCCAUCGUACGUUGAUAAUCACAUGGAUUUAACCUAUUUGAGUACAACUUAACAAUGCCUUGCAAUAUGCUAUCAUACGUUGGUUAACCUUCCAUAACAUUUCCUUUUUAUUUGAAACAAAAAAAGCCAGUUUGUGUUCCAGCCGGUUAUGCCCUCCACCACUGAAAUGAAACAACUCAAUGUCCAAAAAGCCCGUCUUCUUAAUGAUUCACACCCUCUGAUGUCUAUAACAUCUACCUUAAAGCCUGUCCCCCUUCUACUUCUUUCAAGAUGUGCUCAACUAAAAGGUCAAAGCUAAGCAUCACACCCACAUACUGAACUCCAAUGUUGGAGGGUUGUAACAUUGCUCUAGAAUCUUCUGAUGUGCCAGCUUAUGUGCCACGACCGGAGGCUGUAUAAUUGACGAUUUCAGAGCUUCAUUGACUCCCAAGAUGGCACAAGCUUUCAUUUGUGGCCAAGAUUGGCUUCGCCACACUCCUGUCAGUUCAAUGGAAGAGGCAGAUGAAUUUUGUCAGAAACUUGACAAAGGUUUCCUUCAACCUUGCAGAUGGUGCAAUAAUAAUAAAUGGAGAUUGAAGUUGUUGACUUGCUAUUUUGCAUAAUUGAGUUCGUAUUGUGUAAUGUGUAUUUUCUAAAUGUUGAUUGGAUUUAUAGUUUCUAUAUUCCAACUGUCAAGGAAGUAUUAUGAGAGUUGCUGCUGUUGUAUUUCUUGGCAGACUUGCUAUUUUUGUUUUUCUUGGCAGACUUAUUUUUUUUGGAAGACUUGCUGUUGUUAUUAAUCUUUUUGCUGGAUUUGUUAUUAAUGUUAUUACCUAUGAGUGUUGUUAUAUUUGGCUUUGUAAGCUAUGUAAAAUGGCUGGAUUGUUACUGUUUGGCU